AUGAAGGAGCCCUUAUCAGAAGAGCGCAAAGUGAAGUAUGAUAGGAUUAUCACUUUGGCAGAAGAGUUCUACACAAUCCUUAAACAAAAGCUUCUACCCAAACUAACUAAUCCAGGUAGGUUUACUAUUCCAUAUUCUACCGGUUCACUAACUGUUGGUCAUGCUUUGUGUGAUUUAGAAGCUAACGUUAAUCUUAUGUUGCUGUCGAUGAUGAGAAAGUUAAACUGUGGCGAACCAAAGUUGUCACAGAUGACUCUAGCAUUAUCUAAUCGUUCUAUCACCUAUCCAUAUGGAGUUCUGGAAUAUGUACUUGUUAGAGUCAAUGAUUUGUUGUUUCCGGCAGAUUUUGUGAUUUUAGACAUGCCAGAAGAUUUUGAAACACCAUUACUUCUCGGAAGAUCAUUCUUAGAAAAAAUAGAGCUCUUAUUGAUGUAG